ACCAGAAUCCCCCUUCAUAAAAGUAGAAAAAAGGUUUUCAAUAGGGCGCCUUCAGCUUCCAAUUCCAUAGCAGCUGGGCAGCUCCACGAACACGUCAUUCUAAGAAACUCGACUCUCAUUCAACUUCGCCUGUGCCACCAAAUUCUCUGCCCGGAGGUUUAAAAACCUCUAAUUUCUCCAGUCUCGAUUCACGGCGCCAUAUCUUUCCCCAUUUAUACUUUCAUCGACCGGAUGGAACUGUCUAGUGUUUCAUAUACAAGAGUUCACCUGUUCAAGAGGAAAGCAAAGAAGCUUAACUAUGCUGUGGAAUUUUUCUUUGCUGAAAGGAACAAGAAAAUACUGAUUGGACUAGCAAAUGAUUGGAGGGAAGCAUUUGAGUUACUCAAUUUUAUUUUCUCUAUGGUUCCCUUUAUAAAAUGAGUCUAGAAAUUAUAUUCCUGUGCAAUUUAUUCUAAUUUGGGUGAAUUUCUUUAAAGCUUACUUUGGGAAUAUGUUUGGUUGGUAUUUUAGAUUUGCUUCCAGGUGUGUGGAUGGUGGGCUGUAAGAUACUGCUUUUUGCUAACCAACAAAGAUAUGAGAAUCUUCAAAAUAUAUUUUUUUUUGGCACAUAAAGAUAUGGUGGAGAUUUUUUAUAGGUUUUUCUCGGUGUCCUUGGUUCACAAGAGAGUUGUCAUGCUAUGUUGGAAGAAGUUACUUGUUAACCUACUUUUUGUUAAAAAGAUUAUUUGGGAGGAUUUUUCAGUUCUUUUUGGGACUUUGCAUCUUUAUCCAAUAAUGGCCAAUAAUCCUCAAUAUUCAGGUUUGCAGCCCCUUCGGCCUCCUGUUGUUAGUCCUAUGGAUCAAGCUAGAUCAUUUGUUCCACCCAUGACUGCUCAGCAGUUUCGACCUGCAGUCCCUGCACCUCACUCGCAGCAGUUUGUUCCCUUGCCUUCUCCGCAUUUUCAGCCUCUUGGCCAAGGUGUCCCCUUGAUGAAUGUUGGAAUGCCCCCUCCUCCUCAAGCUCAACAAUCCCAGUUUUCUCAGCCAGUGGCUCACUUACCUCCAAGACCUUGCGAGCCAGUUCACGGGACAUUACCACCACAAACAAUUCAACUGCCAGUAGCUCAACCAAAUAGGCCAUUUACGCCCGAAUUACAACAAGCACAGCCUCUCACUCAAUCUGCUGCUAUUGGCAUGCCUGGUCCAGGUGGCUCUGGAACAUCUCUAUCUGCAUCAUACAGUUAUGGACCACCUCAAAAUUACAAUACCACUAUUGUUCAUCCUGUACCCCAAUCACAUGCACCAGUUGUGUCUUCUGGAGGCCAGCUGGGCAGUUUGGUUGCAGUCACACCUCUGAAUCACUCAAGAGAGCAGCCUUAUGCUACCUCCUCUGUAACUUCAGCAGCCAAUGUUUUGCCGAUGCCCUCUGGUGCAGCCUCAUCAGGGUGGAGAGAACAUACAUCUGCUGGUGGUAGAAGAUAUUAUUACAACAAGACGACCAAAAUAUCUAGCUGGGAGAAGCCUUUUGAAUUGAUGACCUCAAUAGAGAGGGCAGAUGCAUCAACCAACUGGAAAGAGUUCACAAGUCCUGAAGGAAGGAAAUAUUAUUAUAACAAGAUCACCAAGGAAUCUAAAUGGAUCAUUCCUGAGGAACUGAAGUUGGCUCGGGAGAGAGUAGAGAAGUCAUCUACUCUAGGAACAGAGAAGGAACCUGUUCCUCUUGAACUCCCUUCUGUUUCUACCCUGGAAGCACCAUCUACUACUGCCGAUACAGCAGCUACUGCCAAAGGACUAGCAUCUAGCACAGUGUCAGUGACAGCUGCUGAUUUACAAACUGAUAAGGAUGCCUCUCCUGGUGCUGUUUCAAGUGUAGAAACAAAUGGUGGAGUUCAGUCACCCGUCAAUAUAGUUCCUUCUUCUUGUGCUAUCUCAGAAAAUGACAAUACUGCUGGUGUUGUGGAGGAUACUACUGUAGAACCCAGGUUUGAUUUGAACCAGCCCUAUGCUCAGGAUACUGAGAAUUUGACAGAUGGUGUUUCUGCCCAAGAACUUGAGGAAACUAAGAAAGAUAUAGCAGAGGAGAAAGUCGAAUUUACAUUGGAAGAGAGAGCUAUUGAUCAGGAAACUUCAGCUUAUCCAAAUAAGCAGGAAGCUAAAAAUGCAUUUAAAGCUCUUCUCGAGUCUGCCAAUGUUGGUUCUGACUGGACUUGGGAUCGGGCCAUGAGAAUUAUAAUUAAUGACAAGAGGUAUGGUGCUCUGAAAACACUUGGAGAACGGAAGCAGGCUUUCAAUGAGUUCCUUGGUCAAAGAAAAAAACAGGAAGUGGACGAAAGACGAAUUAAACAGAAAAAAGCGCGGGAAGAAUUCAGGAAGAUGCUGGAAGAGUCAACAGAGCUGACUUCAUCAAUGAGAUGGGGCAAAGUCGAGUCGAUAUUUGAAAAUGACGAACGAUUCCAAGCAGUUGAAAGAGAUAGGGACCGACGUGAUCUCUUUGAUAGCUUCUUGGAGGAACUCAAGACUAAGGAGCGUGCAAAAGCACAGGAGGAGCGGAGUCGAAACAUUCUGGACUACAGAAAAUUUUUGGAAUCUUGUGACUUUAUUAAGGCUAGUAGCCAGUGGCGUAAAGUACAAGACCGGUUAGAGGUUGAUGAAAGAUGUUCACGCCUUGAAAAAAUUGAUCGUUUGGAAAUCUUCCAGGAAUACCUACGUGACUUAGAGAAGGAAGAGGAGGAGCAGAGAAAAAUACAGAAGGAAGAAUUGAGAAAGGCAGAACGUAAAAACCGUGAUGAGUUCCGCAAGAUGAUGGAAGAACACAUUGCUGCAGGGAUUCUUACUCCUAAAAUUCAUUGGCGUGACUACUGCAUGAAGGUUAAAGAGUUACCUGCAUAUUUGGCUGUUGCUGCAAAUACCUCUGGUUCAACUCCAAAAGAUUUAUUUGAAGAUGUUGCUGAGGAGCUACAAAAACAAUAUCGUGAUGACAAAACUAGAAUAAAAGAUGCUGUGAAGCUGCGGAAGAUUGCAAUGUCAUUGUCAUGGACACUUGAUGACUUUAAAGCUGCCAUUUCAAAAGAUAUCGGUAAUCCUGCAAUACCAGACAUCAACUUAAAGUUAGUAUUUGAUGAGUUGCUUGAACGGGCGAGGGAGAAGGAGGAGAAAGAAGCUAAGAAGCGUAAACGUCUUGGAGAUGAUUUUUUCAAUCUCUUAUGUUCAUUUAAGGAAAUAUCUGCAUAUUCAAAUUGGGAAGACUGUAGACGCCUUUUUGAAGGAAGCCAAGAAUACAGUGCCGUUGAGGACGAGAGCCUCUGUAAGGAAAUAUUUGAGGAGUACAUUGAACAACUGAAAGAACAUGCAAAAGAAAAUGAAAAUAAGCGAAAGGAGGAAAAGGCAAGAAAAGGAAAAGAGAGAGAAGAAAGAGAAAGAAGGAAGGAGAGACACAGAAAAGGUGAAAGAGAAAAAGAGGAUCACUUCAAGAAAGAUGGAGUAGACAAUGAAAAUGUUGAUGUUUUGGAUACCCUUGAAUCAAAAGAGAAUAGGCGACUGGAGAAAGAACGUAGUAAGAAGCAAAGGAAGAGGCGAUAUAGUGACGAGGAAUAUUCGGAUGAAGAUGAAACAGGUUAUGAUCGAUCCAAGAAAUCCCAAUCGCAUAAAGACCGGAAGAAGUCUAGGCGGCAUGGAUCUGCUCACGAGUCAGAUGGUGAAAGCAGACAUAGAAGGCACAAGAAAGAUCAUCGAAAUGGUUCAUAUAAGAAUUUUGAUCAUGAGGAGCUUGAGGAUGGUGAAUGUGGCGACGAUGGGGCAAGUAGAUAGCAGACCCUCUUUAUUUGAAGAAAAAAGGUUGGGAACUAGAGCAGGAUGGUACACUUAAAACCAACUUAAAGAAGAAAAUUGCUUCUCUUCUUUUUUAUUGGCUCUUUCCCUGCCCUUGCUCACUACAAACUUGGUGGGAUGUCUACUUGGAGACGGCCUUUUUCCAUUUUUUUCCUCCUUUCUUUCUUUCUUUCUUCUAAGACUAAUUUGUAAAAGCUGAGGAGGAAUAGUUAAACCAGCUAAAGUGUUUGAACAAACUCUCAAAAGCUAUCAACAUUGGGGGUGAAGGAUUCAAAGAUUUGAAUAUCUGACCUCUUGGUUGAGGAUACCUUAAUUACUUGAGAUAGACAAAAAUCCUUGAUGAUACUGUUCUUGUUCUAAUGUUCACUCAUUUUGCAAUAAAUAUUAAAUCCUUCACUUCUUAAGGAGGAAGUUCUCUGGAAUUUGCAUUUUCAGUCCACCAGUAUCACUACCUUGGAUAACCUCUCUAGAUUUCCUUCAUUGACUGGAAAAAACGAAGUUUAAAGUCAAAUAUGAACUUUCCUUCCUCACAUGGUUACAAACUAUCAUUCAACAUUUAUUAAAGGUAGACAAAAAUCCUUGAUGCAUCGCUUGUUGCUAACGAGCUUGUGAACAAUUGAAAAAAAAGGUUAUCUUAUCAAACUUGAUCUUGAGAAAGCAUUUGAUAAAGUGGAUUGGACUUUCUCUUGACGACAUUUUUGAAACCAAAGGGUUUUGGUCCCCUAUGGAGGAAAUGAAUCAAGGUUGUGUAUUUCUCUCCUCACCUCAAAUUUGUAGGUGACACUCUACUAUAUUUAUCUCACGAAAUUAGAGCGAUCCAAUGUUUUAAAAAGCCCUCUCGGGCAUGCAUCUAGGCUCAAGGUGUAGGUUUGGUGCCACGCCUUGAAAAGGUGAGACUCAUAAAUUAAGGCGCACCUCAGGCGCACACCUUUUAUGAAGUCUUAAAGCCCUGGGCCUUGAGGCCUUUUCAUUACUUUUAAAAUAUUGUAAUAAUUGAGGUUUUUUCUUCUUUAUUAACUAAAAAAAAAAAAAAAUCAAAUUUACUAAGCUUAAAUGCAAAACUUCUUGUGUUUAGGGAUCUUAUUUUUCAUAUUUCCACUUCAACUAUACUCUCUCUUUUCUAUGUAUUACUUUUAUAUAUAGUGCCCCUCACAAAGAAAAGCCCGCACUUUCUUUUGGGCUUUGCACUUAUGCCCCAUAAGACUAUUGCGCUUUAUUGCGUCUUGAGCUUUAAAAAACAUUGGAGCGAUACAUAAUGCUUUUGAUGCAGUUCAAGCUUGAGGGAGCUUUGGGUCUAAACAUCAAACCUCAGAUUAGAAAUUGUUGGCAUUAAGACUGAGAUAAUACCUUCCAAUCCAUCGCUGCAGUUAGGGGGGUGGUCAAACACUUACCAAGUGUUCCUAAAGGCAACCCCGAAAACAUCUCUUUUUUGGGCUCUAAUUGUUGGAAAAAAAUUAAAAAAAAUUUAAAAAUUUCAAAAAUUUCAAAAAGAGAAGACAAAAAAAAAAAAAAAAAAAAAAAA